AAAAAAAUGCCAAAAAAAAAAAAAAAAAUGCCACCCAAUUGUGAUCAUUACCAUCGUUAUUGUGCUUUACUCUAUGAACUAUUGUCUCCCGUGGUUCUUGUUCUAAUUGUAUACAGCUCUAUUAGUUUGGCUGCGUCAAGCGGAGAUGAUAAACGGGCAUUGCUACAGUUCAAAUCCGCCAUUACUAGAGACCCAUUAGGGCUUACCUCUAAUUGGAACCCUAAGGAUUCAGACCCUUGUUCAUGGCAUGGCGUUACCUGCGACCCUCUUUCCCGUCGAGUUACAGCACUCAAUCUCUCAUAUAAUGAUAACUCUAUCUGCCCUCUCGUUUCUCUUUCUUCAACUUCAACUGCGACGAAUGGUGGUGGAGUGGUAGGUAACUUCUCUUUACUCUUCCCUUGCUUAGGGUUUAACAACGACUCCUUACCAAAAUUGGUUGGCAAUUUGUCCCCUGCAAUUGGCCAGCUUUCUCAGCUUAGAGUCUUGUCUCUUGGUUUUAAUGGGUUUUCUGGGGAGUUGCCUUUGGAAAUUGGCCAGCUUUACCUGUUAGAGGUUCUGGACUUGAGUUUUAAUGCUUUUUAUGGGACUAUACCGAUUUCGCUCCAGAAUUGCACAUUGUUGCGCGUUAUUAAUCUCUCUGGGAAUCGAUUAAAUGGUACGAUUCCUGCGUUUUUUCAUCGAUUUCCAGGUUUGCAGAUUCUUACGCUUUCCUUUAAUUUGUUGAGUGGCUCCAUUCCGGAUGGUCUGGGUGACAACUGUGGAAGCCUGGAGCAUCUUCUUCUUGACGGAAAUUCUCUUACGGGUUCAAUUCCUUCUAAUUUAGGCAAUUGCAAAAAGCUCAGGUCUUUGAUACUAUCUUCAAAUUUGUUGCAAUAUGAUAUUCCUUCAACUUUUGGGCAAUUAGGAAACCUUGAAGUGCUCGACUUGUCCAGAAAUUUCUUGAGUGGGAUUAUACCGUCGGAGUUGGGCAAUUGUGAACAGUUAAAGCUGCUCGUGUUAAAAAAUAACUAUGGUCCUCUGUGGUCAACAGAUUUUUCAAGCUCAACAAUUGAAGAAGAGGAGCGCGGGGAGGGGGAGUUCAACUACUUUGACGGCAAAUUGCCUGAUAGUAUCACAAGGCUGCCCAAUCUUCAUGUGCUUUGGGCUCCAAGCUUAAACUUUGAGGGUAAAUUUCCACAGAGUUGGGGCUCUGCUAGCUUAACGAUGCUGAAUUUGGCUGGAAAUUAUUUCAGUGGAGACUUACCUGUGUCACUUGCUAAUUGUAAGAAGUUGUACUUUCUCGAUUUGAAUUCCAAUAACUUGACUGGGUUGCUUCCACAGGCAUUUUCUGUUCCAUGUAUGCUUGUUUUUAACAUCAGCCACAACUCUUUUACUGGGGAUAUUCCAAGAUUUUCUAAUGGUGGGUGUUCCAAGGUGACUGUUAAUUCAUCCAUUUCGCGAGGAGAUAUGGUCGGUUUCUUCUCAUCUUUCUUUUAUAGAAAUGCGAUUAUGGGCAUUACAUCUUUCUCUUUCCCAUCUGAUGCGUUAGCCGUAUUGCAUGAUUUGAGCAACAACUUUUUCACUGGACCAGUUCCAUCCCUGUUGAUUGCGACAGGAAGUUUUUCUCAUAGGCCUUUCUAUGGUUUUUGGUUGGGUGGUAAUAACUUUGAGGGGAACAUUUCAGCUUAUUCUUUUGAUCAAUGUCUUAGUUUAGAUGGCCUGAUUUUUGAUAUUGGUAACAAUAGAAUUGUUGGUGAACUUCCUGCAGCAGUGGGAAACAGUUGUAAAAGCAUGAAAAUUUUCAGCUUGGCUGGAAAUAAUGUGAGUGGUUCAAUUCCUCUUACUUUUGCUUAUUUGGAUUCACUAGUUAACCUUAACCUCAGUAGAAAUGGAUUGCAAGGUUCCAUUCCUUCUUUUAUUGAUCAGAUGAAGGAUUUGAGGUUUUUAUCCCUUUCCAGCAAUAACUUUACGGGUCCGUUGCCUUUGGAGUUAGCUCGACUGCCUGCAUUAGAGGUUUUAGACCUUUCUUCAAAUUCCCUUUCAGGAGAAAUACCGCCAGGAUUUGCAAAACUUCAACAUCUUAAUGUACUGCGGUUAGAUCAUAACCACUUUUUUGGAAAGAUACCGUCUAGCUUUGGUAAUACAACUCUUCUCUCGGUAUUUGAUGUAUCUUUUAACAAUUUAUCUGGAUCUGUUCCUCUGAAUUCAAACUUAAUUAAAUGCGAAAACAUUCAAGGAAAUCCUGACCUUCAGCCAUGUCAUUCUGAUCCAUCAAUCUCUGAGUGGGAGCAGGAGCAUUCUGGUAAUGCUUCCCAAGAAGGAGCAAGUCCUCCAGCUGGAAGCUUGCGGAGGAACAAUGGCGCUUUUAAUCCAAUUGAAAUUGCCUCAAUUACAUCAGCAUCAGUCAUCUUCUCUGUUCUAGUAGUAUUAGUUCUCUUCCUUACAUGCAUGAAGAAAUUUGUGUGCAAUUCUGCAUCUGGUCGUGCGCCAGGAAGGAAAGAAGUUGUAACUUGCAAUGAUAUAGGUAUACAGUUGACCUAUGAAAAUGUUGUAAGUGCUACUGGUGGUUUCAAUAUUCAGAAUUGCAUUGGAAGUGGAGGUUUUGGUGCCACAUACAAGGCUGAGAUUGUUCCUGGAAUUGUUGUGGCAGUAAAGCGGCUCUCAAUAGGGAGAUUUCAAGGUGUUCAACAGUUUGCAGCUGAGAUCCGAACUUUAGGAAGGGUGCAGCAUUCGAACCUUGUAAAGCUGAUUGGUUAUCAUAUAAGUGAGACAGAAAUGUUUCUCAUUUACAACUACUUGCCUGGUGGCAAUCUAGAAAGAUUCAUCCAAGAGCGUUCAAGGAGAGCAGUAGAAUGGAGCAUGCUUCACAAGAUUGCUCUAGAUAUUGCACGUGCCCUUGCUUAUUUGCAUGAUGAGUGUGUCCCUCGGGUCUUGCAUCGUGAUAUUAAACCAAGCAACAUAUUGCUCGAUAACAACUUUAAUGCAUAUCUUUCUGAUUUUGGUCUUGCUCGUCUUUUGGGUACUUCGGAGACACAUGCCACGACUGAUGUUGCUGGGACUUUUGGAUAUGUUGCCCCUGAAUAUGCAAUGACAUGCCGUGUUUCCGAUAAGGCAGAUGUUUAUAGUUAUGGUGUUGUUCUCCUAGAAUUAAUAUCAGACAAGAAGGCUUUGGAUCCUUCCUUCUCUUCCUUUGGAAAUGGUUUCAACAUUGUGGCUUGGGCAAGUAUGCUUCUACGACAAGGUCGGGCCAGUGAGUUUUUUACUGCUGGCCUAUGGGACACCGGGCCCCAUGAUGAUCUAAUUGAGAUACUUCACUUAGGCAUCAUGUGCACUGGUGAAUCUCUUUCAUCCAGACCUUCCAUGAAGCAAGUGGCCCAAAGAUUGAAGCGGAUUCAGCCUGCAACAUCUUAACUGAAGCUUUUGACAAUAGAUGUUUUGUAAGUUAACACUAAUGAUUUGUAUUUUGCACAUUUAUCUUAUCAUUCAUUCUGCAUUAUAUUUUUUGUAAAGCAGUCCGCAGACUUAUUCUUGUAAUAUGCUGUAGUCAAUUGGUCCCUCAAACUAUAUAAAAAUCUGAUAUUCAAGUGAAAAUUAAUUUUGAAUCUAUCUUCUGUUCUUUUUAGUUUUUCAUUGCUUUCCAAUGAAAAUAUACUGGCACUAGAAGAGAUGGAUCUAGUUCUAGUGAAAUAUUUUCUUUUCCUGGGCAUACUAUUUGUUUUUGAUGUAGCCAAUGAUUGAUGUUCUUAUAAGAUUUAGGGAGUGCGAAAUAUUUUACAAUAUGACAAUUCACCUGACAAAGAAGAAAAAAAAAAGAGCCUUAAAACUCAUUAGAAAAAUAUCAAGAAUUUCAAGUAGGGCUGUUAGAAUUUUAUGACCAAAAGAUCCUUGCUUUGGAUGAAAACUUGACCUCAAAGGAAUGCAAGAGAACAAUUGACAUUAAAGAGUUUCCAUACUUUUGUAGAUGGUGGAUUUAUGUCAUACAAUCCAAUGACUGUAUAUAUGUAUAUAUUUAUAUUAGUUUUCAUGAAGCAGCGCAAGUAGUUCUGCAGAAAUAAAGAGAUGCAGGUUUGCCUCCUGUCCACAUUAGAAUAUGUAUUGUUUGCAGAUGAAAACCUGCUGUUAAUUGCAUUAUAUACAAAAGUCUCAUAAGCAUUUUGCUGGGUGCAAAGUGAGUGUGCAACAAGGAAUUUGAAGUGGCAGCGGCAAGUUGAUCUCUGGCUUCUACUGGAUUGCUGCUGAUGAGUUUUUUUCUUUUUCCAUUCCCAAUCCCUGUUAUGAUGAACUACUAGAAAAUGGUGCACGGCCUCAACGGCCCUGCAUCAAUGGUAUAUUUGGCAUCUGUACUGUUAGCCUGACAGGAAAAUAUUUUCUUGCGCUGGUGUUUGUUAUUACCACUCAAGUUAGCAAUGGGAGAUGGUCUUCUGAAGUUGUGGAAAAUAGCUGAAUGAAGGUAAUGGAGAUCAACAAGCACAUGGUGAUCACGAGGAUCUACAAGUUUUCAAGUGGAUCCAUGCAAGGGCUUUAUUUUGGAAUGCCAAGUGAAGAGAUGAACUUCAAAGAAGAUCCAGGGCUAGUUAACAUGAACCAAACAUGUGGGCUUUGAGUUUCUCACAUAUUUCAUAUUUUAAUUAGCAUAAUUAGACCUAUUUGAAUUGAGAUUUAUAUAUGUUCUAUUUAGUUUUUAGAGUAUGUUAGUUAUAAAUACUUAGUUUUUAGUAUUGUAAAUAUAGAUAACAAUUUAUGCG